AGGGUUUUUUUAUUUUUGGGAGAAAUAGUAAUGGCGGCGGCAGCGGCGACGAUGGUCAGCUCCGCUGGAGGGUUACUGGCGAUGCUCAAUGAGAGCCAUCCUCAGCUGAAGUUGCAUGCUCUCUCUAAUCUUGUCAGCUUCGUGGAUCAAUUUUGGCCAGAGAUCUCCACCAGCGUUCCUAUAAUAGAAAGCUUGUAUGAAGAUGAAGAAUUCGACCAGCAUCAGAGACAACUUGCUGCGCUGCUUGUCUCAAAGGUCUUCUAUUACUUGGGUGAACUCAAUGAUUCAUUGUCCUAUGCUCUUGGAGCUGGCCCCCUUUUCGAUGUUUCUGAGGAUUCUGAUUAUGUUCAUACUCUCCUUUCCAAGGCGAUAGAUGAGUAUGCCAGCUUUCAGUCAAAGGCAGCAGAAUCAAGUGCUGAAGUAGCAUCAGUUGACCCUAGGUUAGAAGCUAUUGUGGAGAGAAUGCUGGAUCGGUGUCUGAUGGAUGGAAAAUACCACCAAGCCAUGGGAAUCGCAAUUGAGUGCCGGAGACUAGAUAAACUUGAGGAAGCAAUAACAAGGAGUGAUAAUGUUCAUCUGACUUUAGCAUAUUCCAUUAAUGUCUCACAUUCCUUUGUUUAUCGCCGAGAGUAUCGCCAAGAAGUGCUUCGGCUUCUUGUUAAAGUUUACCAACAGCUUCCUUCUCCUGAUUAUUUGAGUAUUUGUCAGUGUCUCAUGUUCUUGGAUGAACCUGAAGGUGUUGCUAAUAUAUUGGAGAAACUUCUCCGUUCUGAAACUAAAGAGGAUGCUCUUUUGGCUUUCCAAGUCGCGUUUGAUCUUGUGGAGAAUGAGCACCAGGCUUUUCUCUUAAAUGUCAGAGAUCGCCUUCCACCUCCCAAAUCUCUGCCUUUAGAAUCAGAACAACCAGGAUCCACCGAUUCUGCUCCUGCACAAAAUGAAUAUUCUACUGCUCCAGAUGUUCAGAUGACAGAUGGAUCUUCUGCUUCUAUGACAAAUAUGCAUGAUGCAGAUCCUAAAGAAGUUGUGUAUGCCGAGAGGCUAAACAAAAUCAAAGGGAUUUUGUCUGGAAAGACAUCCAUACAAUUGACUCUACAAUUCUUGUACAGUCAUAACAAAUCCGAUCUAUUGAUUCUGAAGACGAUAAAGCAGUCCGUUGAAAUGAGGAAUAGUGUAUGCCACACUGCCACCAUCUACGCUAAUGCCAUCAUGCAUGCUGGAACUACGGUAGACACAUUCCUGAGGGAAAAUCUGGACUGGCUAAGUCGAGCCACCAAUUGGGCCAAAUUUAGUGCGACAGCAGGGCUGGGUGUUAUUCACAGAGGACAUCUGCAGCAGGGGAGGUCUCUGAUGGCUCCAUACCUGCCCCAGGGUGCAGCUGGUGGUGGUGGGAGUCCGUACUCCGAAGGUGGUGCACUAUAUGCUUUAGGUCUCAUUCAUGCCAACCAUGGUGAGGGCAUUAAGCAAUUCCUUCGUGAUAGCCUAAGCAACACUAAUAUAGAGGUUAUCCAACAUGGUGCAUGCUUAGGUCUUGGUUUGGCAGCUCUUGGAACUGCUGAUGAAGAAAUUUAUGAUGACAUCAAAAGCGUGCUUUAUACUGACAGUGCUGUCGCUGGUGAAGCUGCUGGAAUCAGUAUGGGUUUGCUUAUGGUUGGAACUGCAAGUGAGAAAGCUAGCGAGAUGCUUGCUUAUGCACAUGAGACCCAGCAUGAGAAAAUUAUCAGGGGUUUAGCGUUAGGGAUAGCCCUUACUGUUUAUGGAAGGGAAGAAGAAGCAGAUACAUUAAUAGAGCAGAUGACUCUGGAUCAAGAUCCUAUACUACGUUAUGGUGGUAUGUAUGCAUUAGCAUUGGCCUACAGGGGAACUGCAAACAACAAGGCCAUUCGUCACCUGUUGCACUUUGCUGUAUCAGAUGUGAGUGAUGAUGUUAGGAGAACUGCUGUUUUAGCACUUGGGUUUGUCCUUUACUCUGAGCCAGAGCAGACUCCUAGAAUUGUCUCCUUGCUAUCCGAAUCUUACAACCCACAUGUUCGAUAUGGUGCGGCUCUUGCAGUGGGGAUUUCAUGUGCUGGUACAGGAUUGAGUGAGGCCAUAGCAUUGCUAGAACCCUUAACAUCAGAUGUUGUUGAUUUUGUUCGUCAAGGUGCCCUCAUUGCGAUGGCUAUGGUCAUGAUCCAGGUCAAUGAAGCCAGUGAUUCUCGUGUCGGAACAUUCAGGCGACAAUUGGAAAAGAUUAUACUUGAUAAGCACGAAGACACAAUGAGCAAGAUGGGAGCAAUAUUGGCCUCUGGGAUCCUUGAUGCUGGUGGGAGGAAUGUAACCAUAAGACUUCUUUCCAAGACAAAACACGACAAAGUCACUGCAGUUGUUGGUUUUGCUGUUUUUAGCCAGUUUUGGUAUUGGUAUCCCCUCAUUUAUUUUUUGAGCUUGUCGUUCUCGCCCACGGCUCUUAUUGGACUGAACUACGACCUGAGGGUUCCAAGAUUCGAGUUCUUAUCACAUUCAAAACCUUCACUUUUUGAGUAUCCAAAACCAACUACGGUGCCAACCACCACAUCUGCUGUUAAACUUCCAACUGCUGUCCUGUCAACUUCGGCAAAGGCUAAAGCUAGGGCUAAGAAAGAGGCAGAACAAAAGGCAAAUGCCGAAAAAUCAUCAGGGCAAGAGUCCUCGUCUACUGCUCCAAAUACCGGAAAAGAGAAAUCGUCUGGUGAGAAAGACGGGGAAGCUAUGCAGGUUGAUGUUCCUCCGGAGAAGAAAACCGAGCCUGAGCCAUCAUUUGAGAUUUUGACCAACCCAGCAAGAGUGGUUCCAGCUCAAGAGAAGUUCAUCAAGUUUUUAGAUAGUCGGUACGUGCCCGUAAAGGCGGCACCGUCCGGGUUUAUUCUUCUCAAGGACAAUUGCCCUAAUGAACCAGAGGAGCUUUCUCUAACAGAUGCCCCAGCAACUACAUCUCCAGCCGGUGGAUCAGCAGCUGGACAACAACAGAGUUCUUCAUUGGCUAUGGCAGUUGACGAUGAACCUCAGCCACCUCAACCUUUUGAGUACACUUCCUGAUUCUGCUGGACAUGUUUUGUUAAACCUGAUAUUUCUUUGUAACUUCUUUUUACUGAGUGAGUACAUUUUAGUUCAA